GUGCGUAGCUGCGCAGGCGCUAUUUGGCGGCCCGCAGUUGGGCCCCACGGGUCCUGCUGGUGGCCAUGGCUGCUACGUUCUUCGGAGAGGUGGUGAAAGCGCCUUGCCGGGCGGGCGCAGAAGAUGACGAAGAGGAGGAGGAAGAAAGGAGGAGGGAGACACCCGAGGAUCGGGAGUUGCGGCGGCAGCUGGCGCGGAAGAGGGAGGUGCGACUUCUUCGAAGACAAACAGAAACAUCUCUGGAAGUUUCUCUGUUGGAAAAGUAUCCUUGCUCCCAGUUUAUAAUUGGAAUAGGAAAUAAUGCAGUAGCAUUUUUGUCAUCCUUUGUUAUGAAUUCAGGCAUCUGGGAGGAAGUUGGUUGUGCUAAACUCUGGAAUGAGUGGUGUAGAACAACGGAUGCUCUACACAUUUCCCCCACAGAGGCUUACUGUGUGUUUUAUCAUCUCAAAUCAAACCCUUCGGUUUUCCUCUGUCAGUGCAGUUGUUACGUUGCUGAAGAUCAGCAGUAUCAAUGGCUGGAAAAGGUUUUCGGCACCUGUCCAAAGAAGAACAUGCAGGUAACUGUUCUCACAUGUCGACACGUCACUGACUAUAAAACCUCUGAAUCUACUGGCAGCCUGCCUUCUCCUUUUUUGAAAGCCCUGAAAACACAGAACUUCAAAGACCCUGCAUGUUGCUCCCUUCUGGAACAGCCAAACAUCGUGCACGACCUUCCUGCAGCAGUGCUGAGUUACUGUCAGGUGUGGCAGCUCCCUGCGGUCCUGUACCUGUGCUACACUGAUGUGAUGAAGCUGGACCUCCUGACGGUGGAGGCCUUCAAGCCUGUCCUUGCUUCCAGAAGCCUGAAAGGGCUGGCUAAGAACAUUCCCCAGAGCACAGAGAUUCUGAAGAAGCUGAUGACAGCAAAUGAGAUUCAGAGUAACAUUUAUACGUGAGCCAAGGAUUGUCCUCUAAUGUCUGCCAGCAUCCAUUUGCUAAGGGGUGCAGCAAACACUGCUGUGUAGGUUACUUUGGGGGACUCUAUAUUGAGGGGGAUAAAACAGUAAAAAAAACUGUGUCCA